ACCGAACCUGAUGAACCAGGCGGUUCCAAACGAAACUCCCGUCUGAAUCCAGCACAACGUCGCAAUGGACGGCGAGAUCCCCCUCCCCCGCCGCGGCGAAUCCGGCACCGCUCCCCUGCGCACGCGGUGAACCCCUCAGCAUCAGGCGCAGCUCCGACCCCUGCAAUCACCUCGUUUCACAGAUCGCGGCGCCUAACUCGCUUCGACGAUCGCUCUAGCCAGCCAUCCAGUGAUCCUGCGCUCUUUUCCAGCGACGAUAUCCCCGCCUCCGGCUUGGAGAACUAUCAUGCGCCUGUAUCUGGCGCGGGCCGGAAACGCCGGUAUCGUGGGACCUGGUGGGGAGAACAGGUGAUUGACCCUAAGCGCAAGCGUGGGCAAUUCAAGGAGAAAAGACAUGUCGAUAGUGGUGUCUGGAUGGGGAGUGACGAGUCUGCCGCGGAGUCACUCUUGCCGUCCGAGGAUGGUUCGGCGUGGGAAGAGGAUUUGCGCAAAGCUGUGCUUGAUCCUAGGAAGCCGGGGAACUCGACCCCUUUCCUGAUCGGGACCCAGAAUGCUCCUGCGCAGAUGAAAGGUGUGAUCAUGGGAUCUGAGGAAUCGAAGGAGCAGCGAUUUGCGAGGGAGGUUGUUAAUGAUUGCCUUGACAAAGGACAGGACAGCAUUGAUCUUGGCGACUUUCAUCUGAAAACCAUACCUUCUGGCCUACUGCGACCUCUGCAGCAUCUAACGAAGCUCCCUUCUGUCAGGGAAGCACCUGUCUCUGAAAAUGUCUUUACCUCUUUGCAGCCAUUCCUUCGAAUUUUCCUUCCCAACAACUCCCUUUCAACCUUGCACAACGACCUCUUUGAACUUAGCAAUCUCAAAGUCCUUAGCUUGCGGAACAACAAGCUGACCGAACUUCCGUCUACUAUCCGCCGAUUGACAGCUCUCCAAGUUCUGAAUCUCUCAGUCAACAGAUUAACCUAUCUUCCAUGGGAGCUUCUCAAGCUCAUGCAAGAAGGCGAACUGAAGCACCUGACCGUACGACCGAACUCAUUCCUCCCAAUCGAGGAGGCCCAAAUUGCAGAAUGGCACCACAGCGCCAAGAACAAGCGCACAGAAGAGACAGACGAAGAAUAUUUAUCUAGCCAGCUCAAAUUCAAUUACGACGAGUCUUCAACAAGCUCCGAGCCCUUGUGGAACUCAAUCCACGUCGCCACUGGCCCAACAACCUUCCUAAACAUGGAAGGAAACCCACUCAUGGGAUCAACAAUCCGACACUCGAACGUCGCUCCAUCUCUUCGCGAAAUUUCCCUGCGUGCCGUGAGCCAGCUCCCCUACCUCGAGCAAGCCACAGACGAAGAACUAGCCGAGUACCCAGCCCUCCUUGUCCCCCUUCUCCGCCAAGCAAGAGAAGUGCGCGCAGCAGGCGGACAGCCCUGCUCCAUCUGCGAGCGUGAGUUCGUCAUCCCCCGCGCAGAAUGGCUGGAAUGGUGGGACAUCACACCGUGUGAGAACGGCAUGAAACUGCCACGUCAUUCUGGCGAGAAACUUCGGCCCCUGCCAUUCCGUCGGCUUGGGUGUAGUUUGUCUUGUGUUCCCGGAGCACCGUAA